CAGUGCGACACGACGGAUUAUUCACGGACUGCUACCCCCGCGUUAAUAAUACGUCAGGACGGUUUAUUCACGUGAGGCUUGUGAUAUUUGGUGACAUCACCACCGUGGAAAGUGAAUUUCGAAGGUGACCAGACAAAAUCCUUUGAAGAAAACUUGUACUGCGCUCUCAACGUAGUAGGAACUUGACAGUCGCAAUGGACGCCACAAGAGGAGUAGUAGUCGAGCAAGACUUGGGUUAUGCCGUGGCCAUAUUUGAGUACGCUGCAACAGAAACCAAUCAAAUUUCCCUUACUGAAGGGGACAGGAUCAAGAUUGUCAGUAAGCAGGCAAAAAGCAGAGGCUGGUGGAAAGGUGAAUUAAGAGGAAAGACUGGGUACUUCCCGUGUGACUAUGUAAAAGAGGAAAAAGGUGCGACUGAUGGAAACAGUGCUUAGUUCACCGAGGUAGAAUACUGUCAAAGCCCCAGCAUCACAACAGCCAAUCAGCAAAGAGAACAUUUCACCUCAUGCAGAUCAUGGAAAUCAUAGAUGAGAAAUUCAGUUUUCAAUGUCAAGAGGUUUUCUUUUAAUUGUCAAAUCUCAUUUGCAGCCAAAAAGCAGCUUGUAUUCAAGCAAGUAAAAGAUAAAUAUGUGUGAUAUAUAUUAAUGUGAUAUUUCAUAUAAUACAAACAUUGAUUAAAAAAACGAAUAAGUUUUUCUAAAUGAAAGUUUGAAGAUCAGAUUUUUUAACGAAAGUGCAAGUGCCCUAGAAAUAAUAAGUUGUUAAACCCAGAGUUGAGUACUUCUGAAUGUAUCUUAAUGUGGUAAUUUUUUUAUUCAUUUUAUUUGGCACAGAAGAAUGUGUGGUUGCCGUACAAUUUUGUGUAGCUUUUCUAUUGUAAUGACUGGUCUACACCUCUAAUUUAUAAUACACAUACGUACACAUAUUCUAAAUUGUAUCUCUGGACUUACAAUAUUAAAACUUAGACAAAAUCAUAUCUGGAAGUGUAACAAUGGUCAUUAGCUCUUUAAUAUGAUGUUAACAGCCUCAUGUUUUCCUGAGGCUUACAAAGGUACAAAAAAGUGAUGUUCUUUCUUUUUCUUGCCGAUUUCAUGUGAAUACUCUACCUUUUGCUGAUGAAUGUUGUGGUGUGUUUAAGAAGCGGAAGGAAAAUGCAGAAAAAGAAAUAAUUCAACAAAUGAGUUGCAGUUGGCAUUUCUUGGUACAUGGAUGUUUUGUGCAAAAUUUAGAACUGUAUUAAAACGGUUCAUAAGAAGCUUGCCCACGAAACAUGGGAAAUAAUACUUAGAUUUUAGCACAAGCAUUCAAAACGUUUGGCUUGAACGGAAAAGUUCAUAGUCACAUUAUAGUCACAUUAUCACUGUAUUAAACUCUUCCACUAUGAAAAUUGCAAGAAAACGUUUGCGUGUGGCAAUGACAAUGAAAAGCACUUGAAUUUGUAGUCAGAAAGACUUGAAUUGGGAUAAAUUGGAGGAAAAUUUCAAUGAAAAACAAGAAAAAAACAACAUUGAAUUUAGUAAUUAUAAUUUCCAUUACAGUAAUGAUCGGGUUUAUAGUGCAAAUGUAUUAGAUGUUAACAAGUUUCUUCAAGGUGAUUAAACAUGCUAUUUCUAUGGUAUCUUUA